GCUUUUAUUCUUCAAAGAAAAAAUGUAAUCAAACAAACCAUAAACAGAGACAGAAAGAAACUCGGUUUUUCUGUGGCGAUGGUUGCAUAUAUAUUUUGUUUGACAGCUAGUGGAGGAGUCCCAGUGUUUGCUCGGAAUAAAAAUGGUUUGAAACCUUUGCCAUUUCCUGUAAUAGGUUCAUUGAAUGGAGUACAUAUGUUUGCAAAGUCACAUGAUGUGGAGCUGCUGUCAACAGUAACUGAUGAUUCAAAAAUUGUCUGGAAAUCUUUCAAUGACAGUUUAACGUUGGUAGUAAUCGCGGAGGAUGAUAAUGCAGACGACUGUCACCUUGCUAAUGUCUUACUGUACGUGUUUGAUGCCAUGAUAAUGUUGCUUGGAUUUGAUGAGGUCACAAAUAUCAAAAAUGUUGAAAGAUUCAAGAAAGAUGCUAGGGUGUGUUUUCCAUUGAUUGACAGAUUUCUAGAGGACCAUGACCUCCUGACCUUUGGUGACCUUGUAAAUGCGGUAGAUGUCAUAGCUGCCCCAGAGAAUUCUGUUCUCCAGAGUUUUCUGGAUGCCUUUGCUGAAUGUGCAGACAGUCCCUAUGGUUGUUUGUUGGUACAUGGAAAGGUGUCUGUGGCAACAAGAAAAUGGUGGAGUCUAACUAGCGGGGAACUUGUACUGAUUUCUGCACUUAUAUCAUCUUUCUCAUCAUGCUCAUCUAGAGAUGUACCCGUGUUUUUACCUGAUGCCAGUCCAAGUGUGCCACAUAGGUUGAUGACAUUUCAGCUAACACGGCAUAUAGAAGUGUGUGUAUUGUGUGGUCCCAGUCCCUCACUAGCUGAUCUCGAAGAAGAGGUUGGCAGAUUUUGGCGUACAAGUUACGAAUCUCUGAGAGCAGUAUUACAGAACCAUCCGUCCAAUGUUCCGUCUAAUACAGUACUAGAUUCAAACCUGUUAGGAUUUCUGCUAGUGAAUGUGGAAACCAAUAGAUGUUUGUGUUCUGUACAUCCACCCUCAACAGAUGAUGAAGUCCUGGAAGUACAUGAGAAGAGACAUAUUUUAAGAUCAUACUACAAACAUGUUGUAGGAAAUUUCUUUGCCUCAAAGAUUGAGGGCAGUGGAAAAGGUCCAUCAGACUUCACUCAUUCAGCUAUGGAUACAUAUAUGACAACAGAUACUCAUAAAUGUUAUGCCAUGUUGUCACCUCCAUACCAGAUAUAUGCCUUAUAUAAUACCAACAUUCCUACAUUUGCCAUGAGAAACAUAACUGAAAAGACUUUGCAAAUUUUAACAAAAGACAAGUCUACACAGUUGUAGCCUCUUGCACAUGGAUACAAUACAACAUGAGACCAUAAGGGUACAGUUAAAGCCCUUGACAUGUUUACAAAAGGAAUCUGUGAUAUUAUGGGUGCAGUUAUAGCCCCUGGCUAGGUAUAUAUAGAAGCUUUGAUGAUAAAUACAGUGAUGAGUGGAGUAUAGUGGCAGUCUAAAAAAUAAGACCCUGUUUUAAAGAUGAUGGUGUCUUGUAGGAAAGUAGAUACCAUUGUGCUGAAUUAAUUUUCUGAAACAUUGGUUUCUCUUUACUCCUACUGAGCAAUAAUGGCUUGGAAGAUGAUGUUUGUGUUAUAAAAGAUUAUGUCUGAAAAAAAUUGUCAGCAUUGUUUUACAUAAAGAAAAGUUUAGAGAUUGUGUCAUACUAAGCUUCUUUACCUAGAUUUUCCAUACAAGUGGAUGAGGUACGAUGUCAAGGUUGUAAAUGUAAUUUUUCAAGGAUACAUUGGAAAAAAUAUAUAAUAGUUUGUGAUAUAUUCAAUGAUAUGUUUCAGUAUAAAAUGAA